AUGAGGAAGUAAACCUAAUUUUAUGCAUCCCGCGUCACAUCAUUGAAAACCGAAUAUAAAACAAAAGUUUUUUUUUUAAUCAAGUGCUUACUUUGAAUAAUUUUCUCGAAAACUAACUUUAGAAAAUACAAGAAAUAAAAGAACACUUUAACACUACUAAAAUAUGGCAGAAGAAGCAAGCAAAAAGCUAUCGGAAAAUGGCGCAUUAGUUCCAGAAAUAACUAAGAGAUCAAUUAGAGUUCAAACUUGGAAGAAAUUUCAGGAACAUCGAUGUGCUGCUCCUCCACUUGAUGUUUUCAAUAAAAUACCUAAUUUUAAAGGCGCCGAAAAAGCUGCUUCUCUUCUAGCUGAGCUUGAUGUUUUUAAAAAUGCUAAAAAUAUCAAAGUGAACAUAGAUCGUGGACAGGAACCAGUAAAAAUAGAAGUUAUUAAAGCAGAUAAAAAUUUAUUUGUCCCUCCAUCAAAGGAAGCUUCGAUCCCAUCUUUAUUUACCAAAGUAGUUUGUCCUGCAGGUUUAGAUCUAGUUGAUCAAAAAAAGUAUGUUCGUUUGCAAGGAAGUCCUGAAAGCAAAAAUGAAGUUGGAAUAGACACUACAAUCAAAUUGGACAUGUAUGUAGUUGGCUCAGUAGCAGUGUCUAGAAAAGGACACCGAAUCGGUAAAGGACAUGGAUAUGUAGAUUUGGACUUUGGUAUUUUAUCGAAAUUGGGUGUCAUUACAAAAGAUACAAUUGUGGUCACCACCGUUCAUGACGUACAAGUAUACGAUAAUCUUCCAGAGGAAUUGUUUCAAAAGUACGAUUUACCAGUAGAUAUAAUCGUUACCCCUGAAGAAGUAAUUCACGUAGAAAAACGUUUACCACGGCCAACUGGCAUUGAUUGGUCUUUAUUAUCCCAACGAAGAGUAAAUUUGAUCCCAGCUUUAACUGCCAUAAAAGAAAAGGAAGAAAAAUCUGGAAAGGUAAUUGUACUAAAAUCGGAAGAUACAGAUAUAGAAUCAAACCGCAAGCCCCGAAAUGAUCGUCGUCGAGAUCGUAGAAACAAUAGACGAAGAAAGGUUCGCCAAAGUACGACUGACAAUGAAAAUGCUGACUCAAAUGCAGAAAAUGAAAAUGAACAAGGAAAUAAAAAACGACGUCAACGAAGAAAUAAUCGUAAUAAAAGUGAGCAAAAUGGAGCAGAUUCAGAUGCUAUUGGUAAUAAAGAAGGUGAGCACGAAGAAAAGAAAGAUUCUCGCAUUCGCCAGCGUCAACGAAAAACAAAUAGAGAUUUGUGUAUUAAGGUAUCUAAUAUCGCAAAAAAUGUAAGAAUAAAAGAAUUGAAAACUGAACUACGUGAAAAGGGUUUUAAUCCCACAUUUAUUUCAUGGAAAGGAAGCUUUGGUAAAUGUUAUCUUCAUUUCGCAAAAAAAAAGGACCAAGAUGAAGAAAAAGCAACAUCUGAUAUUCUUACAGCACUUUCGUCACUUUCACUAAACGUAAAAUGUGAAGUUGUAAAGCGGGAUUCAAAAGGUGAAAAUGGAGCUGAUUCUUUGCCAGAAAAUCGUAUUGAGACAACAGAUGUUUCAACAGUUUAAAAGAUUUUAUAGCAUUUCAAAUUUUCAAAAGAUUUUUAGCCACGAAUUCUGUGUAAGUUAUACUAACAACGUUUAAGUAACGCAACGUCUAUUACAUACAGGAAACACUAAUGCUAAGUUAAUCAUGUUUUAUUUGAACAUGAAUUUGAAGACCUACUAAAUAUGUAAUAACAUUGUCAAUAAUAAGUACAUAAUUAUCUUUUAUACGAAAAAUACAAUGUUGAUUGCUUUCUCAAAAUCUAAAACAUGAAACAAUAAAUGUAAGAAAUCAUAAUGUGACAUAAUGCAAAAAAUUAAUUCAUUGGUCAUGUUUACAUUUCUAAAUUUUGGUCAAAAACAUUUAUAAUCACUAAAUACCAGUUUUAAUAUUAAUCAAAACAAAAAAUAAUUUUUGUCAGAUAAAGAUUUUUUUUUGAUACAAAUAAAGUUUGCAUUAUUAUAACAAUGUA